CAUAGCUUAAUAUUGCUUAGUCAUUUUCACAAAUCGAUUUCCAAUUACUGCAGCGUCAUCAUUUAAUCGGUUUGCCUACUAUUAUUUGGAACUUCAGAGUGACAAUUCCAGACUUUUGUUUCACUUUGGCAAUUUGAAGAGGAAGGGUCGUGAUGGAAUCACAGGGAUUAUUACAUUGCAAUAUGAAAGAAACAUUAUCUAUACCACGUGAAGAAAAUGAUGAUUUUGUUAUUAAUUCCACUUUGAGAACUGGAUUCAAAGAUGUACAGAAAGGGCUUGGAUCAACUCAUCCUAUUGAAUCCUCACUGAAAGAUUACAGUGCUAAUAUGCUCAAUAUUAGAAUGGACAUGCUACGACGAACACAGGGUUUGUAUGCUCCAAUACAACUUCAAAUGGAAAUAAACACAGCAGCAAAAGGUGCACAAAGAUUGCCUUGUUUACCAUCUUCUCAGCUUUCCAAAGAAAUCGUUUUGGGAGACGACAUUAUGUUAUCACAUCUUGAUGUUUUUAAUGAUCCAUUUCAGUCGGAAAUAAUGGGAGAUCCGCAUAUUAUGACGGAACACAGAGCAGGAUUGAAACUAUUAUGAUUACAACCUUAUGAAACAUUGAUUUAAUUUGGUAGAUACUCUUGACUGACUGGAAAUAUCCCCAAAAGGGCUUUUUGAUUGACCUGGUUACAAUGAAUGCAAUGGUUAAAAUGUUAACUUUCUCUGUUGUCAUAUACGUUUCUAUUAAAAACAGAUUCAAAUCUGAAUCAGCCUACACAGAA